AUGGCUGCUUCCCAUCCAAAAUGGCUUAGGGCGACUGUUCUCAUUCUCUGCAUUGUUCUUCAAUUAAAUUGGAUCACUGUUGGAGACAAGAACAAACUUGAGGAUGCUAGGUUCGGAGAUGGUGAUUGUCGAUUUGGACGUGGACCACACUGUAGAGGUUGCUUUGGCCCGCAUUGGCCUCACGAUAGAGGAGGUGAUCAUCGUGGAGGAGUUGGAGGAAGAGGUAAUUUUGGUGGCGGAGGAGGUGGGGGUCAAGGCGGAGGUUUCGGAGCUGGAGGCGGAGUUGGUGGUGGUCCCGGUGGUGGCUUUGGUGGUGGUACAGGACGUGGUGUUGGAGGUGGGUCGGGUCAAGGCGAAGGUUUUGGAGCUGGGGUAGGUGUAGGCAACGGAGCUAGAGGAGGCAUUGGUGUUGGUGGAGGUGGGGGUGGAGGAAGCGGGGGUGGAUUGGCUGAUGGCUCAGGACAUGGUGGAGGCUUCAGAGCAGGAGGUGGUAUUGGUGGAGGUUCCGGAGGCAUUGGUGGUGGAGGUGGUGGUAGUGGAGGAGGAGGAGGAGGCAGUGGCGGAUUGGGUAGUGGUUCAGGACACGGUGGAGGCUUUGGAGCUGGAGGUGGUGUUGGUGGGGCUUUUGGAGGUGUAAGUGGCAGAAGUGGGGGGGGAGGAGGAGGAGGAGACGACGGGGGGUGGAUUGGGUGUAGGUUCAGGGCAUGGUGGAGGCUUUAG